AUGGUUGAGACGAGUGCUGCAGCUGCCCAAGCUGAGAAGAAACAGAAGACGGACCAAACGGUCGCAGUCACCAAAUGCCUGCUGUUGCAGUAUGAGUAUGUGGAUGGCAUUCUUGAGAAGCGAGCUCCACACCGAGCCGGACAUUUGGCACACUGGCAGAGACUAGCGGAUGCAGAUCAGGUGUUGCUGGGAGGAGCUUUCGACCCUCCUUCAGGUGCAAUGAUCGUGCUGCGAGGGAUCGACCGGGACGAGGUAGAGGCUUUGGUCAAGGAUGAUCCUUACUUCACGAACGGAUUGGUCCCCUCCUACGUCAUUCGUGAUUGGAACGUCGUGCUGGGAUCUGCCCUGCGAUGCUCAAGCUUGGCGGUGCAAGGCCCAACCCUCCAGGCGAUGACGGACCUCAAGAUCGGUCACCCGGCUCCCAAGCUGUCCAGGGCACGCACCAUGGAGCUGUAUGAACGAAACUCUUGGCUCACGCGGUCAACUUCGGACACAUCGGUCACGAUGCGCCUCGAUGGACCGCAUCCUUUACGGAUGGCGCGCAUGGCUUCGACACACUUCCAGCAGGGCAGGGCUACUGAAGAGACUCCAGACCAGCGCUGGUUCAAGACCACUGCCACCUCCUUCGCAAAGUAUGGCAUCUACCCGGGCCAGGGCUUGAAGGGGAUGUACAUGCGUGAUCCUCAUACAGGCGUGUGGUUUAAGGUGCGCUGCAGCAAGGGAAGCCUGCCCACUCAGCUGCCAGAGCUCGGUGGAUGCAGCGACAGGUUCUCGAAUGCAGCGCUUGCUGCGCCUGGAACCGAAGACGAAGACCAAAGACUACAAAGCUACAAGCGAAAGUUUGAAGUGAACACCUCGGGCAUCACUGAAGUCUUCUCCCGCUGCAAGCAUGCCAUGCCGAUUAGUGUUGCUGGCUCUGUGUUCAAUGUUGGUGGUGGCCUCAUGAAGUCAAACCUGCAGUGCCUGAGCCUCUGUUUCGCCGAGGUCGAGGGCUACACUGAUGCAUCGGAGAUUCUUCUGGAGAUGGAGCGUGCUCAGACCUUCGGCUCGGAAUACUUGAAGCAGAAGCAAAGCGAGGCCUUUGUUGCAACGAAGGCUGCAAGCCUGUUGCAGGUCAACAAAGGCCCUUCAGCAAGCCACGGGCAAGCCGGUGAGGCUCGGCACAACCGCUUCAACCCUUUCAAGCCAGAUCCAGCCCUUAUGCGAUCGACAAGUCCAGAGCUGAUCGAAGAUGAGGACGACUGA